CUUUCUGGGUCAGCUGGUUCCGGCGUCAGGCGGAGGGAUGGGCUGGCUCAGCUCGACCCUGCAGGGCUUGUUUACUAUGGCUGAUGAUCUGGAGCAGCAGCCUCAAGGCUGGCUGAGCAGCUGGCUGCCCGCUUGGCGUCCCACUUCCAUGUCUCAGCUGAAGAACGUGGAAGCCAGGAUCCUCCAGUGUCUCCAGAACAAGUUCCUGGCCCGAUAUGUGUCUCUACCAAAUCAGAACAAGAUCUGGACGGUGACUGUGAGCCCUGAGCAAAAGGACCGCACCCCACUAGUGAUGGUGCAUGGCUUUGGGGGUGGGGUGGGGCUCUGGAUCCUCAACAUGGAUUCGCUGAGUGCCCGCCGCACACUGCACACCUUCGAUCUGCUCGGCUUUGGGCGAAGCUCAAGGCCAACAUUCCCAAGAGACCCAGAGGGUGCUGAGGAUGAGUUUGUGACCUCAAUAGAGACAUGGCGGGAGACUAUGGGGAUCCCCAGCAUGAUCCUCCUGGGGCACAGUUUGGGAGGAUUCCUGGCCACUUCUUACUCUAUCAAGUACCCUGAAAGAGUUAAACACCUUAUCCUGGUGGACCCUUGGGGCUUUCCCCUCCGACCAACCGACCCCAGUGAGAUCCGUGCACCUCCAACAUGGGUCAAGGCGGUGGCAUCGAUUCUGGGGCGUUCCAAUCCACUCGCUGUUCUUCGAGUAGCUGGGCCCUGGGGGCCUGGCCUGGUGCAGAGGUUCAGGCCAGACUUCAAGCGCAAGUUUGCGGACUUCUUUGAAGAUGACACCAUAUCUGAAUAUAUCUACCACUGCAAUGCACAGAAUCCCAGUGGUGAAACAGCAUUCAAGGCCAUGAUGGAGUCCUUUGGCUGGGCCCGGCGCCCAAUGUUGGAGCGCAUUCACUUAAUUCGAAAAGAUGUGCCCAUCACCAUGAUCUAUGGGGCCAACACCUGGAUAGACACCAGCACAGGGAAAAAAGUGAAGAUGCAGCGGCCGGAUUCCUAUGUCCGGGACUUGGAGAUUGAGGGUGCUUCGCACCAUGUCUAUGCUGACCAGCCACACAUCUUCAACACUGUGGUGGAAGAGAUCUGUGACUCAGUUGAUUGAGCUGCUCUCACCAGAGGUGAAGGA